AAGCUUUCAACAGUAAGUUAAUUAUACUUCACAUGACACAUCUACGGAGCAGACUCGUUUAAAUCGGAACCAACGUUCUGAGCUCAUCCUAUCAGCUGGAGUGUCACCUAAAGCUUUAAGAUGUAUCUGUGGGGGCUCUUCUGGGUGAUCUGCACCCAGUGUGGCACAGCUGAUGCCUUGUUUGACUGGCUGAAGAAGGAAACACCAACUCCUGUCCCACCACCAGCCCAAGCUGCUCUGAAUACUGCCCCGACUGACCCUCCCCCCUUUGAAAUGCGUGUGGUGGAGGAGAAGUUUCUUGCUGAAGGCAAUCUGAUGCAACUGAGCCCUCUAGACAGCUGUCAUUUACAGGUGAUCAGUCAGCUGAGGUCUACCUGUGAUGGUUUGUCAGAGGAGAGUCUGGCCAAACUGGGUGUAGUCCUUUUUAACUGCCAGGCAGAGGUGGAGGGUCGUAGGACCUACCCCUGCACAGACGAAAUGUCCAUAAAAGAGUGCACUUCAGACAUGGAUUCUGACACCUGGACUGCUUACCACAUUGUGAGCAACAGGGCACGCUCUGUGUGCUACGCCACUCGCCAGCAGCACUUCCGUCGACGGGCCGAGCUCACAGUCAACGCCCUCAUAUCCACAGCAACCAGCCAGCUUGAUGCCAUGGAGGACCUGAAGGAGGGUCAGAGAGAACUGCGGGACAUGACUGCAGCAUCUCUUGAUAAGCUGAUAGAGGGGCACAGUGUCCUGCAUGUCCAGCAGGGGGCACUCCAAGAUGGGCAAGAGCAGCUUGAUUCCUCCAUCAGUGCCAACCUGCAGAGACUGGCACAAGAGAAGGCCCUCAUCAGCAGUGGGCAAGAGCUGGUGGCACAGCUGAUCCAGGGCAUCUCUCAGAGAAUGGAGAAUGUGAGUGAGCAGCUGAAAACUCAGGGUUCUGAUGUGCAAGAUGGACAUCAGGCUAUUCUGGAUGACCUGUCAGAAGUUAGAGGGCGUGCUCAGGACAUCUACAGUAAAAUACAGGACAACAUGGUUGGGUUCCUGCGGCAGCAGAAUGACACAGCGCGGUUCUACUCUGAGCUCAUGGGGAAGCUGGAGCGCAUGAAUGGCACUCUGGGAUACUUGCUGGUCUAUCUGGACAACAUGCAAGGGCGGCUGGAGGAUCGACUACACAUCAUCCAGAGAUACCUGGGAUGGGCAGGUUUGACUAUUCAUUCUGUCUGGACCUUUGUGAUGCAUGCUGGGUACUUCCUGUUGAGCGCUGUGCUGCUAUCCUUCCUUCAGUGCCCCACAUUCUCUCGUCUCUCUGUUCUUGUCACCGUGCCCCUCAAUGCGGUCGCUGAGGUCAACCAUCAGCCUGCCUUUGACUUGUGCUCACUCACAUUCCUGCUGUUUGCUCUCUCCUUAGGGCGCUGGUUUGUACUGCAGUUGCUGUGGGCAUUGUCUAGAAUCAAGGGGGUCGUGGGGGACCCAUCUCCUCUAGGUUUGUGUGGGCCCCCAGGUAAAGUGAUUGAAGAGGAUGUCCUUGUCCCUGAACAUCAGUCUCCUCAAUCUUCCACUCCUAAGUGGGAUUACUUGGAGAACGAUACAGGGUUGGAAAUUGAUGGUCAAGUCAGCUUCAUGGCCGGGGACCCCAGUAUGUUGGCUCUGCCUCCCCUACAGCCCCCGUGGCGGUCUAGAUUUGGUGGGCCAAGCCUGGCCACGACAACCCAUUCAACACCAGUGGCUAAAAACAGGCCUAGUCUAUCUGGAGCUGUUCUUGAGAAUAUCGCCCAAAGGAACCUUGCCGGUGUCUUGGACACUGUUGACCAUUCGUGUAACUCCAGCAUGAAUCACUCUGUGGGCAGCAAUGGUUCCAUUUCAGGGCGUCCUCGGUGCGGUGGGACCACAAAGCUGGGGCUCCCCUGUAAGAAGAGAGCAGCGCUGGGCCAGGACUUCUGUCGUAUUCAUGAGACUGGCCACACGUCUUACAACUGAUUCUGACGCACCAACGCUCGGCUGGCUUUUAAUGAAGGCGUAGCUUUAUGCAUUUUUAAUCAUACUUUUAACUAGGAGUUUUUAUCAGUUUAUUUAUUACUUGCCUUUUUUUUUUUAUAUAUACAUAUUUUUUUCCAAUUCUUAUUCUGUGUGUGCUGCCCUUGAGUUUUUAGUGAAAUCCGUGUUUGUCUAUGUGGAAUGUGCAAUAAAAUGUUUGAUGAAUUAUUUAAA